AUGGCCAAACGGCCGAAGUACAAUGAGGGCGACCCGCGAAUGCUCAUCGAAAUCCAGGACCAUUCACCUCGCGAAACCUCCUUCAGCGAAUCAGAGAAACUACUUUCUAACCAUGAAAUGAUAGUAAAAAUUUCUAAACGACCAGGAGAUACACCAACGGAUGCACCUGAUGCCAAAGGAAUUGACAGGGAUGAAAAAGAAACUGAAAAACUACUUCCAACGUUGUUGAGAGUUUACGAUUGGAAUUUCGUAAGGAUGCGCCAAGGAAACGAAAUUUCGAACUGCCAGGAAGUUAUGCCAAACCAAAAUCUGGCAAAUGUCUUUAAGAACUUCAAAUUCAGAAAAAAUGAGAAAUUUCAUUGGAUAGCCCGAGCUGACUUGGUCAAAGUAGUAGCCGCAUACCGGAAACAGCGAUAUUUGUUCUACACAAAAGUUGAAUCUCGGAUCAGAAACGAAAUCCUUAGUGAGAUCGUCUUGAAUCUUGCAAAUGAAAAUCUUGCCCUUGACAGUAACCCAACAUUCACCAGUCUUCUUGGAACACCCUGUUGGAGAAUUGAAAAACUUUGA